UCUAAAUAUGGAGAGUCAAAACCGGAAACCGCAAAGACUUAAAUUUUUUUUUUCCAUACAAAACAAAAGAGGGGAAUUCGUUUACGUUCCUACGCCAGAAUCUCUCUCUCUCAAUUUCCAAUUUUCAAAGAUUUUCGUUCCUAAAAUCUUCUAUUUCAAUUUUCUCUUUUUAAUUCUUAAUAUUGUUUUGAGAUAACCUUAAGAAGGUGAAGCUUUGGUUGUCGAGUGAUCUGGCAGGAGCUUAGGGUUUUUAAGGUCUACUUCAAGAGAUGGGUCGAUUUUGAAAUCGAUCGAUCAUACUAUCGAACCAUUUUCAAAACGGAAUGGAAACGGCGAGGCUUGUCUGGUCUCGGCUUCCACAUUCGGAAGAAGGUGAGCUCGAUGGAGUUGAACUCUUGAGUAAUACAAGCAAUAGGAAUGGCGUCGAUAGCCUUGAUUAUGAAGUUAUUGAAAAUUACGCCUAUCGAGAAGAACAGGCACAAAGAGGAAAGCUUUAUGUUGGAUAUAACGUGGGGGUGAAAUGGUUCUUCGCUUUGCUCAUCGGCAUUGGUACUGGAUUAGCUGCUGUAUUUAUCAAUAUUUCUGUUGAGAACUUUGCUGGAUGGAAGUUUUCCUUGACUUUUAACAUAAUACAAAAGUCAUAUGUGGCUGGUUUUCUAAUUUACAUCUUAAUCAACUUAGCUUUAGUCUUUUCUUCUGUAUAUAUCAUUACCCAAUUUGCACCAGCAGCAGCUGGAUCUGGUAUUCCUGAAAUCAAAGGAUAUUUGAAUGGAAUUGAUAUUCCUGGUAUCCUUCUUUUCAGAACGUUGAUUGGAAAGAUAUUUGGAAGUAUUGGUUCAGUUGGAGGUGGUUUAGCUCUGGGAAAAGAAGGUCCUCUUGUUCAUAUUGGAGCUUGUAUUGCUUCUUUGCUUGGACAAGGUGGAUCCACAAAAUAUCAUCUAAGUUCCAGGUGGCUUCAAGGUUUCAAGAGUGAGCGGGAUCGUCGUGAUCUUGUAACUUGUGGCUGUGCAGCUGGAGUUGCUGCUGCUUUUAGAGCUCCAGUUGGGGGUGUAUUAUUUGCAUUGGAAGAGGUUACAUCUUGGUGGAGGAGUCAACUAAUGUGGCGUGUCUUUUUCACUUCUGCAAUUGUGGCUGUUGUGGUACGUGCUGCAAUGGGAUGGUGUAAAAGUGGAAACUGUGGACAUUUUGGAUCUGGUGGUUUCAUAAUAUGGGAUAUAUCAGAUGGUCAAGAGGACUAUUCUUUUGAGGAAUUAUUGCCAAUGGCAGUUAUUGGAAUCAUUGGAGGUCUACUAGGAGCUUUGUUUAACCAACUUACUAUUUAUAUAACUCGCUGGCGACGAAAUUAUUUGCACAAGAAAGGUAAUCGAGUCAAGAUAUAUGAAGCAUGCCUCAUCUCUGUGAUAACAUCAGUUAUAUCUUUUGGACUACCACUUCUGAGAAAAUGCAGUCCUUGCCCUGACUCAGAUCCUGACUCUGAAAUUGAAUGUCCAAGGGCUCCUGGAAUGUAUGGGAAUUAUGUAAAUUUCUACUGCAGUAAGGACAAGGAGUACAAUGAUCUUGCGACUAUCUUCUUCAAUACUCAGGAUGAUGCCAUCAGAAAUUUGUUUAGUGCAAAAACAAUUCAUGAGUUCAGUGCCCAAAGCUUGUUAACAUUUUUGGUUAUGUUCUAUACCUUAGCAGUGGUGACAUUUGGUACUGCUGUUCCAGCUGGUCAAUUUGUUCCUGGAAUAAUGAUAGGAUCAACAUAUGGCCGUCUUGUUGGUAUUUUUACAGUUAACCACUACAAGAAGCUCAACAUUGAAGAGGGAACAUAUGCACUUUUGGGAGCUGCUUCUUUUCUUGGGGGUUCCAUGCGGAUGACGGUAUCUCUGUGUGUCAUUAUGGUUGAAAUCACAAAUAAUUUGAAACUAUUACCUCUUAUUAUGCUUGUUCUUCUCAUAUCAAAGGUAUGUAUUUUGUUAGUUUAUUCGAUUUGGAUUGAUGUGCUUCAAAAUGUCCUAACUCUUUUUCCCUCCCAGGCUGUUGGUGAUGCUUUUAAUGAAGGCUUAUAUGAAGAACAAGCACGAUUGAGGGGCAUUCCGUUGCUGGAAUCAAGACCCAAGUACGAGAUGCGGAAAAUGACUGCCAGGGAAGCCUGUGGAAACCAGAAGGUUCUCUCACUUCCUAGGGUUGUAAAGGUUGCAGAUGUGGUUUCUAUUUUGCGGAGCAACAAACAUAAUGGCUUUCCCGUGAUUGAUCACACAAGAAAUGGAGAAACACUUGUUAUUGGACUUAUGCUUCGAAGUCACCUACUGGUACUUCUUCAAUCCAAGAUAGAUUUCCAGCAUAGUCCUUUGCCAUGUGAUCCCAGAGGUCGAUCCCAAGCAAUUAGGCACAAUUUUAGCGAAUUCGCUAAACCUGUUUCAAGUAAAGGAAUAUCAAUAAAUGAUAUUCAUCUUAGUUCAGAUGAUUUAGAAAUGUACAUAGAUCUCGCACCGUUUUUAAAUCCCUCACCGUAUAUUGUACCUGAAGAUAUGUCAUUAACAAAGGUUUACAAUAUUUUCCGCCAACUAGGAUUGAGGCACAUAUUUGUUGUUCCUCGUGCAUCUCGUGUCAUUGGUGUGAUCACCAGAAAGGAUCUGCUGAUUGAGGAGGAAAUUGAGGAUUCAGCUAUUACGGAGCUCCAAUCAACUAGUGUAAGAGGUCAGCGACAUGAGAAAAGAUUGUUGGUGAGGAAUGCAGACGCAGAGCGCCCCCUCCUUAGUGGUAUUUUGGUUCAAGAUACAGAUCAUACACUUAGUUGAAAUAGGAUUCUUUUGGCUUCUACCAUUUUCUGACCUAAGAUCAAAUUCUUUUUCUUCGUCAUAAUUAAAUUUAUCCAAGGGAUAGGUUAGACACGAUUAACUACACUUCUGAAAUUUUGUAUUAUAUAUUGAUUAAAAAAAUUAUGUAGUUUUGCA